CGGUGUAAGUGAGGCACGGCGACAGAGUUACGAUAGUUUCCCUUAGCAGUUAAGUCAGCAUACCGUGAAGCAAAUGAUUCAUUGGAAGAGGAAAAUAUAUUCCGGCAACGCGUACUUGGACGGAAAGCAAAAACGACCCGAUUUGCUACGCACAAGUAAUAUGGGAAGAUGUAUCGCUGUUUAGUGCAGUCAACAGCCUUGGGCAACAAAUAUGGCUUCUUGUGCCUUUUUCUGUUUGCUGUAAAAAUUGAUCUCCCAUGCAAUUUAGUGCAAUGGUGGUUCUGGCGAAGUUCUGCGAGCCCCAAUAAGUUGCUUGUUGAAUAAUCGGGUGGUGCUUUUGGAAGCUAAGGACAUCAUAACAUCUGAGCUGGCCAUCUAGUUAGCUUGAGAGCUACGGAACUACAGCGAACAGCAAUGGAGCCAAAGCACAAAGAGUUGUUAGACCAGUGCCACCAGAACUUAUUGGAGUCCAUAACAGACGCGGACCGGCUGAUAGAGUUGCUGAUAGUUUCUGGUACCCUGAGCCAACUUGACCGAUUUGAAUUGGACCAGAACUGUUCGUCCAGCGCGGAGAAAGUAGACCAUCUUCUGAAGAUGCUGAUGAAUAAGGAUAGCGACCAUUUCUUAGACCUGUGUGUGGCCCUGGAGAAGGCGUACCCUGACCUGUAUUCCGCUCUUUUCAGCGGCAGCGGUGGUGGACCUGUGGACCACUCCACUGGUUCUACAUACAGCGUUCUCUCCACCAUGCCCUCGGACUCUGAAAGCAGCAGCUCCCUCAGUAGUGUUGGUUCGCCUGUAAAUGGUGAAGCUUCCUCCCCACCCCCAGCCAUGAACGACAACCGGCCAUCCGGCGACAACCUGGACACUAUUCUGUUCCAGCUCCGCCAGGUGACCAGGGAGAGGGAUGAGCUCCGCAAGCGCCUGGCUCUGGCAUCGCCUGGGACCACCUUCGAUGACUGCAGGCCAAAUUCCAAAGCCAGCCAUGACUAUGAGCGUCUGAAGAGCCAGUGUAUGAGGGCCAUGGCCGACCUGCAGUCGCUCCAGAACCAGCACACUAAAACACUCAAGAGGUGCGAGGAGGCUGUUAAGGAGGCUGACUUUUACCACAUGCUGCACAGCCGGGUGCUGAGCGAACAGUCACAGCUGAAGGAAGAGAUUGAAGCGCUGAGGAGGGACAACGCCCAGCUGGUCAGGGAGCACAACCACGUGAAGCAGAGCUGCGAGGAGCUAAAGAGGCUGCACAGUGAAGAUCAGAAAGAGGUGGCAGACCUCCGGCUGCAACAACAACAGGUAAUGAGGGAGAAAGGCUCAUCAGAAGUGCUGAACAAGCUGUACGACACGGCCAUGGACAAGCUGGAGAGCAUUAAGAAGGAGUAUGAUGCUCUAAGCAAGCGCUACAGUGAGAAGGUGGCCAACCACAACACGGACCUGAGCCGGCUUGAGCAGGCCGAGGAGGAGAAUCGGCGGCUGCAGAAGCAGAUGGACGCGCUGCUCAAACAGCGUGACUCGGCCAUGCACUACCAACAGCAGUACUCCACCUCAAUGAGAAGGUUUGAUUCAGUACAGCAGGAGCUGAACAAGUCCUCAGCCCAGAACAAGGAGCUUCAAAGAGAGAUGGAACGGCUGCAGUCGGAGGUGACACGCUACAAGAACUUCCAGCUGAAGGCAGCCAAGGAUUGCGAGAAAUACAAGGAGGAGAGGGACUCCGUGUUCAAUGAGUACCGUCUCAUCAUGAGUGAGAGGGACCAGGUGAUCAAGGAGCUGGACAAGCUGCAAACGGAGUUGGAGGCAGCUGAAGCCCGACUCAAAAACACUUCCUCAGAGAGGGUGGUAGCCAGUGAGGAGAUGGAGGCACUCAGACAGGAGCUGAACUCGUCACUGGUGGAUCGCGACAGGGCCAUAUGUGAGAGGAACGAACUGCUUGAGAAGUACUGCCAUGAGGUGAAGGACAAGGCCGAAGCCCAGAAAGAGCUGAGCCAGGCCUGCAAGGACAUUGAGACGGUGCGGGAAGAGAGGGAUGUGGCCCGCAAGGAGAGGACUGAGGCCAUCAUUCAGAGGGACCAGCUCCUCAGAGAGUACUACCAGGCCAGACAGAAACAAGACUCAGCCACCCUGGACAUGGAACGGGCCAACAAGGAGAUUGAGAUGCUGAGGAAACAGUAUGAGGCCAUGUCCCAGGAGCUGAAGGAGGCCACACAGGAGGCUGAGGUUGCCAAAUGUCGACGGGACUGGGCCUUCCAGGAGCGGGACAAGAUAGUGGCUGAGAGGGAGAGCAUACGGACUCUGUGUGAUAACCUGCGCAGGGAAAGGGACCGUGCAGUCAGCGAUCUUGCUGAUGCUCUGCGAAAUCUGGAUGACAUGAGGAAGCAGAAGAACGAUGCAUCGAGAGAGCUCAAGGAGCUAAAAGAGAAGAUGGAGAGCCAGCUGGAGAAGGAGGCCAGGUUUUGUCAGCUAAUGGCCCACAGCUCUCACGACUCAGCGAUCGACACAGACUCGUUGGAGUGGGAGACAGAGGUGGUGGAGUUUGAGAAGGACAGGGAUGACAUGGAUUUGAAGGCACUUGGGUUUGAUAUAGCAGAGGGGGUAAAUGAUCCAUAUUUACCAGGAGACUGUGGAAUAUUUGUGACGAGGGUGGACAAAGGAAGUAUUGCAGAUGGAAGGUUAAGGGUGAAUGAUUGGCUGUUGAAAAUUAAUGACGUUGACCUGGCCAAUAAGGACAGGAAGCAAGUGGUGAAGGCAGUGCUUAACGGCGGAGGCUUAAUCAACAUGGUGGUACGAAGAAGGAAGUCCCUGGGAGGUAGACUGGUCACGCCUGUCCAUAUCAACCUUAUGGGACACAAAGACAGUGGUAUUGGUCUGGAGAGUGGGGUGUUUGUUACUGCCAUUGUCCAGGGCAGUCCAGCAGCCAGAGAAGGCUCUCUGACUGUUGGAGACAGACUGAUCGCUAUAAAUGGCAUCGCUCUGGAUAACAAAUCGGUUACGGAGUGCGAAGCUCUGUUGAGAAACUGCAGGGACUCACUCAGCCUCUCUCUCAUGAAGUUCUUCCCUCACAGCACGUCGGGCCAGAACAUAUUUGAGAGCUUACGCGAGUUGUCAGAGAAGUCAAACGGUCGCAUUCACCUGUCAGAGGUUCACUCCCGGAACAGCCGCAACCUCAAACACAACAGCUCCACACAGACUGAUAUUUUCUGCACUGACCUUGGCAGUGCCAGCACGGCUAGCAUGCCCGGGGACAGGAGAAAGGUCAGAGGGGAAAUUGAUGAGGUGGGGGUCUUCGGAGACAUCAGGAAGCCCUUUUCCACGGGCUCCCUGCACGCCACCAGUCUCCGGCCUGCCUCUGAAUUGGGUCCUAGCCGCUAUGGUGGCAGUGCCUUCCAGGAGUGCUGCCCCUACACCAAGGCCCCAUCCUCAUUGCCCUAUGACCCUGUCUCCCCCUCAGACUGCAUCACUGUGGAAACCACCCUGGAAAAAAAGCACAGUGGGGGCACAUGGCCCAAAGUAAUGGUAGGAGGCAUGACCGUAGCACCAGAGAGCACCAGCCCAGUCACAGCAGCUACCCAGCUCUCCAUCUACAAGUCACCCAAGCAGAGGAAGUCCAUAUUUGACCCAGACACCUUCAAACGCCCUGAAACACCCUCCUCCAAGAUGGAGUACAUGGCAGCCAACCAGAUUGCUGUUGUUGCUGUUGCAGCCGCGUCCCACUCACCACAGCUUUCAAAGACUGAAUCCCUCUCCUCAUCCUCUACCCCCACCCCAAUCCCGCCAACCCCUCCCACUCGCAGUGACUCCUUUAAAUUCAAACACAAACAUCAGAGCAGCUCAGCCUCCGAUUGCACCAUCACUUCCGAUGGCAUGGGAGAGGCUGCCAUCUCCACGGCAGCGGGGGAGAGCAGGGAGAGGGGCGAACGUGAAAGGGACAGGAAUGGAAACCACUUCUUCCUGGACGGGAAAGUCCUGACCUCGAGGAAGUCAUGCGAUGAGGACAUUGGCCGAAACAGAGGGGAGGAGCCAGAAGUCAAGAGGCCACGCCCCAAAUCCGCACCUGCCCUGCGCCGUAGGAUGACCCCUCAGACCAUCACGCUCCCCUCCUUCCAGAGCUACUCCAAUGAUGAGCAUUCUCCAGAGCCCAGAGAGAUGCUUCGGUCCUCGCCCAACCGCUCCCACAGGCACAGCGUAGGCUUUGUCCCAACAGUCUACAAUGGCACCCUACCUCCGAAUUCGGCUCACCGGGGUUUGGCUCCAUGCCCGGCUGUGACAGCCGUGAUGAGAAACCCGGUGUACACGGUGCGCAGCCACCGCGUACACACCAGCAACUGUCCCUCCGUUGCCUCCCAGAUCUGCCUCCAGCAUAGCCACACCAGCCCACAACACCAGGGUCGUUUAAGUCUGGACCUGAGCCAGCAGAAGCGCACAGGAGAUUACUCCGAGUCAUCAUCGUCGUCCCGCAGUAGCAGAGCCUCACACGGUACAAACUCACUGCCCUCCAGCGCGCGUCUCGGUUCAUCCAAUAACGUCCAGUACCGCACUGAGAGGAUCAAAAUCCCCUCCACUCCCCGCUACCCUCGUUCUAUGCUGGGGUCAGACAGAGGCUCUCUCUCCCACUCAGAGUGCAGCAGCCCCAGUCUCAUCACACCUCCCCAGUCACCUCUCAAUCUGGAGACCUCCUCAUUUGCCAGUAGCCAAUCACAGGGCUCCAUUUCCACUCUGCCCCGGAUCUCAGUCAGCCCUGUGCCAAUUGGAGAGCGCAGGAAAGACAGGCCGUAUUUGGAGGAGCCUCGCAACGUCAUCGUGCACAAAGGGGCGGAGCCACUAGGGAUAUCCAUCGUUGGUGGGGAGAAUGGCGGGAUCUUUGUUUCCAAGGUUACUGGAGGUAGCAUUGCCCAUCAGGCGGGGCUGGAGUAUGGAGACCAGUUACUGGAGUUCAAUGGCAUCAACUUACGAAGUGCUACAGAGCAGCAGGCUCGUCUGAUUAUUGGCCAGCAAUGUGAUACAAUCACCAUUAUGGCCCAAUACAACCCACACAUGUAUCAGCUCGGCAACCACUCACGCUCCAGCUCCCGCCUGGAGCCAGUCGGCACUCAGACCACCCCCGAGGGGAGUGGGGCCACCACUCCUGAUAAUCACUCCACCAUAGACACACUGAGCGAACAAGAUGAGGGCACCCUCACCCCCUCCUCAAAGCAGACCACACCCACCACCAGCCCACACAGCUUUAUCAGGAUGCCCUCUGAGACCAGCAGGAAGGUGGGUGAGCCACGGCUGGUGACAGUGCGCAGGCCAGGGGUGGAGGUGGGGGUCACGCUCUGUGGAGGGAACCUUCGGGGUGUCUUCAUAGAAAACCUGGAGGAGGACAGCCCGGCCCGGGGCCCUGAUGGUCUGCUAUCCGGAGACCUCAUCCUGGAGUACAACUCAGUGAGUAUGAAGAACAAGACGGCAGAGGAGGUGUAUGUGGAAAUGCUAAAGCCAGCAGAGACGGUCUCGCUUAAAGUGCAGCAUUGCCCAGAUGACUUCAACAUGCUCAAAGACACUCCAGGAGAUGGCUUUUAUAUCAGAGCACUUUACGAGCGGUCGGGCGAAGCCGAGGGGGACCUUAGUUUUAAGAAGGAUGACAUCCUGUAUGUGGAUGAAUCCCUACCAAAGGGCAGCUUUGGGACCUGGAUGGCCUGGCAACUGGACGAGAACGCACAGCAGAUCCAGAGGGGCCAGAUCCCCAGCAAGUACAUGAUGGACCAGGAGUUCUACCGCAGACACAGUGUGACAGACAUGAAGGAAGAUGCCUCCAGUAAGACCCUAUCUGCAGCAGCCCGCAGGUCCUUCUUUAGGAGGAGACAGAAACACAAACGUAGCAGUUCCAAAGACAGCAAAGAGAUGGUGGCUCUGGACGCCGUCAGCACAGACUCCAUCCCCUUCCUAGAUGACUGUGUGAGCCUAGCAUACCAGCGGGUCCAGAAGGUGGAGUGCACCUCCCCAAGACCGGUACUGAUCCUUGGGCCACUUACUGACCCGGUCAAGGACAUACUGGUUAAAGAGUCUCCAGGGAAGUUCUGCAGAUGUGUACCAGAGGUGAUGAAGGCAUCUCAACAAGCCAUUGAGCGGGGUGUCAAGGACUGUCUCUUCAUUGACUACAAACGCAGGAGCGGCCAUUUUGAUGUGACCACUGUUGCCUCCAUCAAGGAAAUAGCAGAAAAGGACUGUCACUGUUUGCUUGAAAUUGCCUCCCAUGCUAUUGAAAGACUGCACAGCGUUCACAUCUAUCCCAUUGUUGUCUUCAUCCGUUACAAAAAUGCCAAGCAAAUCAAGGAACAGAAAGAUCCAGUGUAUCUGCGGGACAAAGUAUCUCAAAAACAUUCCAAGGAGCAAUUUGAAAGUGCACAGAAGAUAGAGCAAGAAUAUAGCAAAUUCUUCACAGGUAUUGUCCAGGGUGGCACCCUCCACUACAUUUGCACUCAGAUCAUGACUAUCGUUGAUCAAGAACAAAGUAAGGUCCUGUGGACCCCACUUGGCUGCCCCUAGAGGACACCGGCCACCACUACAGCAAGCUGCGACUUACAACUCCAACUCCAAACACUAACUAAACUUUCCACACUAUACCAAUAGGUACAUUACACUAAGCUUGUGUAAAUUCAUAUAUAUGUAUGUGUGUGUGUGUGUGUGUGUGUGUGUGUGUGUAUAUAUAUAUAU